AUGGCUAACAGUAACAGUGCUGAAACCAACGAUGUAUUCCAAGAAUUGGACGUCGACCGAUUAGAAGUAAACGUAAUCGAGAGUUUGUGCUUUAGUUGUGGAAAGAAUGGUACCACACGACUCUUGUUGACACGCAUUCCAUAUUACAAAGAACUUGUAAUAUCAUCAUUUGAUUGUCCACACUGCAAUUAUAAAAAUAAUCAGUUGGAUCCAGCAAUUGAAAUUAAGCCACAAGGUGUUCGUAUGUCUUUAAACAUUGAAAACAAAGAAGAUUUGGAUAGAUAUGUGAUUACAACGGACUACACAAGUAUUCAAGUGCUUGAUUUAGACUUUGAAAUACCACCAAUGUCACAACGAUCACAAGUAACUACUGUUGAAGGCAUAAUUGCUAAAACGGUUACAAAUUUAAGCGAACAAAAAAAAGUUAUUGAUAUAACACACCCUGAAAUAGCAUCAAAGAUGGAAGUUGUAAUUAAUGGAUUGAUUGGUAUCAAAAAUCUAACCAAGCCUAUUCCAAUGAUGGUUUUUGAAGAUGCAACUGGGAAUAUAUUUGUUUCAAAUCCUGUUGCGCCCCAGGCUGAUCCCAGAAUGAAAACUGAAAUGUUUACUCGUGACAGUGCCCAGGAUAAAAUGAUUGGAUUAUCAGCAGAACAAGACACAACCGAUCAACAGUCUAUUAUCAAACCAUUAGGCACUUUCAAUGAUUCAUCUGUUAACAAUAUGAAUGAUGAAAUUGUUCAAUUUAGUGACCCAUGUCCAAAUUGUCAAUCGAUUUGUGAAACUAAUAUGAAAGUGACAGAUAUUCCAUACUUCAAACAAGUUGUAAUUAUGGCUACUACCUGUGAAGAAUGUGGCUAUCGUACUAAUGAGGUUAAACCAGGAGGUGGUGUUGAAAAGCAAGGAUUACAAAUUACUGUUAAAGUAUCAGCUCCUGAAGAUUUAAAUAGGGAUAUAUUGAAGUCAGAAACAUGUUGUCUUCGUAUUCCACAAUUGGAUUUUGAAGCUGGUGCACUUUCGUUGAGUGGUCGCUUCACUACUAUUGAAGGUCUCAUAACAUCAUUACAUGAACAAUUGAAGGAUACUGCUACAGCAUUUUAUUCUGGUGACAGUCAGUCUGGAGGUGUUUUAGCCAAAACAGAAAUAUUUUUAGAAAAAUUGAACAACAUUAAAACUUGUAAAAUGCCAGUAGAUAUUAUACUCAUUGAUCCAGCAGGAAAUAGUUAUGUCCAGAGCUUAACACCUCCAGAUUUGGAUCCGAAACUUACAAUCAUGCGGUUUGAUAGAACUGAUGAACAGAAUGAAGAGCUGGGAUUAAAUGAUAUGAAAGUUGAUGGUUAUGAAUAA